AUGAUUUCUGCUAUGAGAAGUCUGAUCAAAAUGUUAAGCUACACCUCAGAGAGUGCAUCCGAUACCAUAAUUUUAUCUACAAUUGUUCAAGACGUAUGUUGGUUAAAAAACAGUUUCCGACAUUUAGGGACGAGAAUGCGACAAACAUGCAUAAAUAUUCUAAUUUCAACUUCACAAAUUUAUCAUUUUGUUACCCUGAGAGAAAUUUUAUCCUCAAAUAUGAUUCAAUGA